AUGUUGGAUGGCAAUACUCAGGUCGUACUCGGGGGCUCCGAGCCUGGAGAAUCCCUGCAGUCGCCGCUCAUAUCGGCUUUCGCUCCCCGCAAGCAGUCCUUCUGCACCGAUCCCGAAGGAUGGGGCCCCCUCAGUCCGACGGAUUUCCACCUAACUCCAUGCUUCAUCGAUGUGAUCAUUGCUGUGGUCGCCGUAUGGGGGAUGUUUUCCGGAGCUGGCGCGCUCUAUCUCUUGCUGAAGAAGCGUAUUCCGCAGCCCGUCUCGAAGAAUUGGCAUUUCUAUGCCAAGCUGGUUGUUCUCGCCUCUCUGAUCCUAGUCACUGCCCUCCAAGCAGCUCUUCAAGCCGAGACCCAGCCGAAAACCUUCUGGGCCGACUUCCGGUUCUGGUCUUCGAUCGCGACGCUCGGCUCUCUGGGUGUUAUCUACGUGGUGCAGUACUAUGAGCAUUGGCGGAGCAGGCAGCCGAAUGGUGUUGUCUUGUUCUACUGGCUCUUCUUCAUCAUCGCCUACGGCAUCAAGUUGCAUUCUCUUGUUUCGCGCAAGGACUACGUCCAUCAACUCCCGUAUUUCAUCCUCAUCAACAUCAGCUUGGGAUUGGCGCUGUUUGAGUUUGUGUUGGAAUAUCUCGUUCCCAAGAAGCAGAGCGCCUAUGACGCUCUUGGUGACGAAGACGAAUGCCCGUACAACUAUGCGGAUAUCUUUUCAGUUCUUACCUUCAGCUGGAUGACGCCGUUGAUGAAAUUCGGAUACAAGAAUUAUCUGACCCAAGAUGAUUUGUGGAACCUGCGCCGUCGCGACACCACCCGUGCCACGCUCGAUGAUCUGAGCGAGGCUUGGGAGGAGCAGCUCCAGACUAAGAAGCCGUCUCUAUGGAUUGCUCUCUUUAAGGCGUUUGGUGGCCCAUAUCUUCGUGGAGCAAUUAUCAAGUCUGGGAGUGAUGCGCUCGCUUUUGUCCAGCCGCAGCUGUUGCGCUACCUGAUCGCUUUUAUUGAUUCGUACCGAGGCCCUGAACCUCAGCCAGUCAUUCGAGGUGUGGCCAUUGCUCUGGCAAUGUUCAUCGUCUCGGUUGUACAGACCAGCUGUCUCCACCAGUACUUCCAGCGAGCUUUCGACACUGGUAUGCGGGUGAAAUCGUCCUUGACGGCCCUUAUUUAUGCCAAAGCGUUGCGGCUGUCUAGUGAAGGUCGCGCGACCAAGACCACUGGUGACAUUGUCAACCACAUGGCUGUUGAUCAACAACGCUUGUCAGAUUUGACCCAGUUCGGUACCCAGCUUUUGUCUGCCCCAUUCCAGAUCGUUCUGUGCAUGCUUUCACUCUACCAGCUAGUAGGACCCAGCAUGUUCGCUGGUAUCGGUGUUAUGAUCUUCAUGAUCCCGUUGAACGGUGUCAUUGCGCGCAUGAUGAAGAAGCUGCAGAUAAUUCAGAUGAAGAACAAGGACUCCAGAACACGUCUAAUGACCGAGAUUCUGAACAACAUCAAGAGCAUCAAGCUUUAUGCAUGGAACACAGCUUUCAUGAACAAGCUUAGCCACAUCCGAAACGAUCUGGAGCUCAACACUCUCCGCAAGAUUGGAGCCACUCAAUCUGUUGCCAAUUUUACCUGGCAAUCGACUCCUUUCCUUGUGUCUUGCUCAACCUUUACGGUCUUUGUCUUGACCAGUGACAAGCCUCUGACUACUGAGAUUGUCUUCCCUGCUCUGACUCUGUUCAACCUUCUUACGUUCCCUCUCUCCAUCCUGCCCAUGGUAAUCACCUCGGUCAUUGAGUCUACCGUGGCCGUGCAGCGAUUGAUGGACUACUUCACCGCCGAAGAGUUGCAGAGCGAUGCGGUUAUCUUCGAGGAUCCCGUGGAUCACGCCGGUGACGAGUCCGUUCGCCUUCGUGACGCUUCAUUCACCUGGAACCGCCACACUGGCAUUACUGUCCUGGAGAACAUUGACCUGAGUGCUCGCAAGGGUGAACUCAGUUGUAUCGUUGGUCGUGUCGGAAGCGGCAAGUCUUCCCUGCUGCAAUCUAUUUUGGGUGAACUCUAUAAGAACGAUGGUGAGGUUGUUGUCCGUGGCCGUGUCGCGUAUGUUGCACAGUCGCCAUGGGUCAUGAACGCGAGCGUACGUGAGAACAUUGUCUUUGGACACCGAUGGGACCCCGAUUUCUAUGACCUUACUGUUGAGGCCUGCGCUCUGCUGGAUGAUUUCAAGAAUCUGCCUGAUGGUGACCAAACCGAAGUUGGUGAGCGUGGUAUCUCCCUCUCUGGAGGACAGAAGGCCCGUUUGACUUUGGCACGUGCCGUGUACGCUCGCGCGGAUAUCUAUCUGCUUGACGAUGUUCUUUCGGCAGUCGAUCAGCAUGUUGGACGUCAUAUUAUCAACAAGGUGCUCGGCCCCUCUGGUAUUCUGAACAGCAAAACUAGGAUUCUCGCUACCAAUGCUAUCACAGUCCUAAAGGAGGCUGAUUUUAUUGGCUUGAUCCGUGACAAGACCAUCAUUGAGAAGGGUACCUAUGAGCAGCUCAUGGCAAUGAAGGGUGAAAUUUCCAACCUUGUCCGCACCAACCUUGCCGACUCGUCGGACGAGGGCGAGGUCAGUGGCUCCGAGGAUGACCUUGCUAGCCACGAGGGCUCUGACGAGACGGCGGUUAUCGCGAAUGAUGAGGACUCGGAUAGUGAAGGUAUGGAACAACCAGGCUCCCUUGUGCCUAUCAAGAGUCACCGAAAGCCUGCCCAGAGGAAGGACAGUCAUGCCACGCUUCGCCGCGCUAGUACCGCCAGCUGGCAGGGACCGAGACGCAAGCUCGGAGACGAGGAGAACAUUCUCAAGUCCAAACAAACACAGGAGACCACCGAGCAAGGCAAGGUCAAAUGGAGUGUCUACGGUGAAUAUGCCAAGGACAGCAACCUUGUGGCAGUCGGUUUCUAUCUCUUUGCUCUUCUUGCAGGGCAGACCGCCCAAGUGCUUGCUAAUUACUGGUUGAAGAAUUGGACUGAGUACAACGAGGCACACGGCAGCAAUGAGAACGUGGGCAAGUUUAUUGGUGUCUAUCUCGCAUUUGGCUUGGGAUCAUCUCUUCUUGUUAUCUUCCAGAACUUGAUUCUUUGGAUUUUCUGCUCGAUCGAGGCCUCUCGAAAGAUGCACGAGCGCAUGGCCUUUGCAAUCUUCCGCUCCCCUAUGAACUUCUUUGAGACUACUCCUUCUGGUCGUAUUCUCAACAGAUUCUCUAGCGAUAUCUACCGCGUGGACGAAGUCCUUGCCCGCACAUUUAACAUGCUCUUCGCCAACUCUGCUCGCGCCUUGUUCACAAUGGCUGUUAUUGCCUCAUCGACCCCAGCCUUUAUAUUCUUCAUUCCCCUGCUGGCCUACAUCUAUAUCAGCUACCAGAAGUACUACCUUCGCACAUCUCGUGAACUCAAGCGUCUGGACAGUGUCACUCGUAGUCCCAUCUACGCUCAUUUCCAGGAGUCCCUUGGUGGCAUCUGCACCAUCCGCGCUUAUCGCCAAGAGAACCGCUUUUCUCAGGAGAAUGAGUGGCGCAUGGAUGCCAACUUGCGUGCUUAUUUCCCGUCCAUCAGCGCUAACCGCUGGCUUGCUGUUCGACUUGAGUUCAUCGGUUCGAUCAUUAUUCUGGCUUCCGCUGGCCUUGCCAUCACUUCCGUUUCCAUUGGCAGCGGUGUCUCUCCGGGUAUAGUCGGUUUGGCCAUGUCCUACGCCCUUCAGAUUACCCAGUCUCUCAACUGGAUUGUUCGCCAGACUGUCGAGGUUGAAACCAAUAUCGUGUCCGUUGAGCGUGUCCUUGAAUAUGCCAAUCUUCCCAGCGAAGCACCCGAUGUGAUUUUCAAGCGUCGCCCGGCCAUUGGCUGGCCUUCUCAAGGUGCUGUUACGUUCAAGAACUACAGCACUCGUUACCGUGAGGGUCUCGACUUGGUGCUGAAGGACAUUGACCUUGACAUCAAGCCUCACGAGAAAAUUGGAGUUGUUGGCCGUACCGGCGCCGGAAAGAGUUCUCUUACACUCGCCCUCUUCCGAAUCAUCGAGCCUUCCAAUGGUACCAUUAGCAUUGAUGGCGUUGAUGUCUCUUCCAUUGGUCUAUUUGAUCUUCGUGGUCGCCUCGCGAUCAUUCCUCAGGACCCUGCCAUGUUCGAAGGCACCCUGCGCGACAACCUCGAUCCUCGCCAUGUCCAUGACGAUACCGCUCUCUGGAGCGUUCUAGACCAUGCGAAACUGAAGGAACACGUCUCUUCGAUGGAAGGUCAACUUGAUGCGCCGAUUCAAGAAGGAGGAUCCAACUUGAGUCAAGGACAGCGCCAGCUGGUCUCUCUCGCCCGGGCCUUGUUGACACCUAGUAACAUCCUUGUUCUGGACGAGGCAACCGCCGCGGUUGACGUGGAGACAGACGCGCUGCUCCAGCGCACUCUGCGUAGCAGCAUCUUCCAAGACCGCACGAUCAUCACCAUCGCGCAUCGCAUCAACACGAUCAUCGAUUCCGAUCGAAUCGUCGUUCUAGACAAGGGUCGAGUGGCGGAAUUCGACACGCCAGCGAACCUGAUUAAGCAAGGUGGCCGCUUCUACGAGCUGGCCAAGGAGGCAGGCUUGCUUGACAGCGACGGCCUCGCCACUUCACAAAUCUAG